UGUGAUGGUGUGAGAGUUCAGACAGUGCUGGAAACUUUCAGCAGAGGAUUUGUAAAGCCGAGGAGGAAGGGAGGACGUACAUAAAAGAUAACCACACCAAUUCUGUGUUCACUCCAUCACCAGCUACUACGGGAGUGCAAUAAUGGACCUGCACCUCACCCUUCAUGUGCUCCUACUUCUCUUUUCUCUCAAUGCUGUUGUUUGGGCGUGUCCCGAUGGAUGCAAAUGUCAAGAAACCAGAAUCUUCUGCAGUGGCCUCUCAGACUUCCCCACAACUGUGCCCUCAUCUACCACCGCACUAUACUUCUCCAAUUGUAGUAUCAGCUUUCUAAAACCAGAGGACCUGACCAAUUUCUCUAAUGCCCUUGGCAUCUUUGUGAUUAAAGACACUGAUCUGAGGGAAGUGCGCACUGGCACACUUGAUUCCACUCCAAACAUAGGUGCCUUAGGGUUUGCUGGCACCAAACUGCAAGAUCUCCCUGAGACCUUGUUCCAAAAUCUUCAGAAGCUUGAGUCUCUGAAUCUGAAGAGCAACAAUCUCCUGGUACUCCGCCCUAACUGGUUUUCCCGGUUGACAGAUCUCAAACUCCUUGAUCUUAGUAAGAAUCUUUUCACUUCUGUACCUGUGGAAACUUUUCACGCUCUUGCUGAACUGCAGUACCUUUUCCUUUCUGGAAACAAUAUCAGUAAAUUACCUAGAGAGACAUUCAAAGGUCUUUCCAAGCUGAAAACCUUACGGCUUAACAAAAACUCAUUACAGGAACUCCCCAUUGGCAGUUUGGAUGACCUUGUAAACCUGGAGGAACUAUCCCUACAUGAUAAUCUAAUCACUCAUCUCCACCAUGACUUGUUCUCCAAGACUUUAAAACUCCAAAAGCUGUUCCUCUCCCACAACAGACUCACAUCUCUUCCACAAGGGGUCUUCUUAAACCUGCCCCUCCUUUCCCAGAUCUCCCUGUAUGAAAAUCAGCUGGAGAGUCUGCGACCAGGGGUGUUUGGGCCCAUGGCAUUGCAGGAGUUGUGGCUGUAUGACAACAAGCUGAGCCACCUGGAGGAUGACACAUUCAGGAACCUGACUCAAUUGCAUCUCCUGGUGCUCAGUCGCAACCAGAUCAACUAUGUAUCCUCUGGGGCCUUUAGAGGGUUGGAACAGCUGGGAGAGAUAUCACUUCACACCAAUCUGCUCAAAACACUGCAAGCUGGGACUUUCCAAGGUUUGCCCAGUCUGGUCAACAUUUCCUUGGAACACAACUUCAUCAGCUCUCUCCCUUUGGGCUUUGUCCAGGGCCUAAGACACUUGGGACAAAUAGACCUGCAAAAUAACUCCUUUACCAACCUGCCACAGGAGACUCUAGAUGACCUCACUGCAGCAAAGGAAGUACUCCUGCAGCAGAACCCCUGGAGGUGUGACAAGGAUAUUCUGCCACUUAGGGACUGGCUGAAACAGCAUCCAUCCAAGGCCAACCAAACUCUUGUGGUCUGUGAAACACCACUGAACGGUGAGGUAAUUGCUCUGCUGACAGAUGAGAACUUGAUGCCUCUCAGCUCUACUGAGGAGCCUGUGUUGACCUCAACAGUAAAGAGGAGGAAACCCCAUACCCCUCCAACAAGACGAAGCACAUCCUCACCUGCUGUGAAGACAACCCUCACCUCAGAGCAGGACGAGAUCAACGGCGGACAAGAGGAGAAUGGAACGGUUUCUAAUAAUACUUCGAUCAUCCUCAUUGCCAUUGCAGUAGUGUCCACUGUCAUCAUCAGCACUGUCAUCAUCAGCUUCGGGUGCUGGAGGAAGAACAGGAGAGGCAGCGGAAAUAUAGGCGUCCGAAAUAAAAACUCUGUGCUGUAGACUAGACCAUCCAACAUCGCAACCCAAAAACUUUUAAACCCAAGGGAAACUGCUCACUGUGGUUUACUCGGAAAACGUGGAGUCUAGAGUUGAUUUUAGAACCUCAAAGGCAACAGAAAUAACCACUUCAUCUUUAUUCAGAUGUACAAGCUAGAACAAACAAGCCAACUUCUUCAUUGGCGUUUAACUUUUCAUGAUCAAAUGUACCAGUCGGCAUUCCUUUCCUGUGGCAUGUGAAAAAGAACGGCCAUUUUAUGUACUAACUGUAAAAAACACCCACCUUGCCAUCUUGUGGGAAACCUGGACAUUUUGUUGGCUGUACCUCAGAUGCACUGAAGAAGUGUACUUCUUUUAGUAAACUCAAGACUGCAUUCAGUAUUUACUUCAAACUAUUACCAUUUUUCAGUACUAAUAAUUGCAGUUUGACAAUGGUUUUCUGUACUAAUAACAGUUUGACCUUUUUGCUAAAUGGCUGUGUUAAAUUAAACAUGUCACUUUGACUCCACUGUAACACAAUUCAUUUUAUAGUUUCCACACUUACAACGCAAAAUGCUACUAUAAAUUAAAUAAAUGCACUUCUUUAAGUGGGAGCUAUCUUA